AUGGGUUGGCUGACAAGAUUUCUAGCAGCGGUGGCGUUUUUAGCCGCCGGAAUUAUAUUCUCACCGGAGACAUUCGGAUCGCUGUCGAAGGGAGAGAAUUCGGCGAAGCUGUUGAUCUUCCUGAAGCUAGCUCAUCUGCUCAGCUUCGCUACAGCUUGGGGCGCUGCUCUCUGGGCUACCUUCAUCGGAGGAAUCAUCAUGUUCAAGAAUUUACCGAGGCAUCAGUUUGGUAAUCUUCAGAGCAAGAUGUUUCCGGCGUAUUUCACUCUGGUUGGUUCUUGCUGCGCAAUUUCACUCUCUGCUUUUGGGUAUUUGCAUCCAUGGAAGUCAUCAACUUCUGUGGAGAAGUAUCAGCUAGGGUUUCUCAUCUCUGCUUUUGCAUUCAAUCUCACCAAUUUGUUCGUGUUCACUCCCAUGACCAUCGAUAUGAUGAAGCAAAGGCACAAAGUAGAGAGAGAGAACAACAUUGGAGAUGAAGUUGGGUGGUCCAAGAACAGGGAAAAGGCAAAGACUAUCCCAAAGCUUGCUGCUAUGAACAAGAAGUUUGGAAUGAUUCACGGCCUAUCUUCGCUUGCUAACAUCUUCUCUUUUGGAAGCCUUGCUAUGCAUUCUUGGUAUCUAGCUGGGAAGUUGAAUCUCUAA